UCAUGCAGGGGCUUGACUACUCUUCGGGAGUGUGGCAAUUUGAAAGCUGUGGUUUUGUACCAAACGGGACCUCAGGUGCUUGUAUAGUGCACAUCCAUGGUGCAUCACACGGUGCAACAACUUUUAUGUUAACAAUCAACUAUGGAGAUCUCAGGUACUACAGUGGUCAGCUGGUGGCUACCGAUAUGUAUGAUAAAUGGUUUCGGGUUAAUUUAAUCCACGACGUGGAUGGAGAAAAGGUGACACUUUUCAUUGAUGGCGUACAGAAGUUUGAGACGAAGGAUCGAGGCCCGGGUGAUGACUUGUAUUUCAAAUGCGGAGUUUAUGCUGCACGCAAAAAUAUAAGCUACUCUAUGGAAUCGAGAUGGAAAGACAUUAAAAUUUACAAAAAGUGAUAGUCAUGAACCAAGUGAAGAAGAAACAUUAAGUUCAACAUAGUUCAUAAGUUUUGGG